AUGCUGAGGAUAACACCGUCCCGCAGAGGAAGGCGAGUGUCCCUCCAGCAGUGUCCUCAGCGGGGCCAUGCGGGGACCUCGCGUCGCAGAUCGUCCGGCAACACGGACGGGUCCGGGGCUGAAGUGGCCGGCACCGCGGACGGGUCCGGGGCUGAAGUGGCCGGCACCGCGGACGGGUCCGGGGCUGAAGUGGCCGGCAGCACGGACGGGUCCGGGGCUGAAGUGGCCGGCAGCACGGACGGGUCCGGGGCUGAAGUGGCCGGCAGCACGGACGGGUCCGGGGCUGAAGUGGCCGGCAGCACGGACGGGUCCGGGGCUGAAGUGGCCGGCAGCACGGACGGGUCCGGGGCUGAAGUGGCCGGCAGCACGGACGGGUCCGGGGCUGAAGUGGCCGGCAGCACGGACGGGUCCGGGGCUGAAGUGGCCGGCAACACGGACGGGUCCGGGGCUGAAGUGGCCGGCAACACGGACGGGUCCGGGGCUGAAGUGGCCGGCAACACGGACGGGUCCGGGGCUGAAGUGGCCGGCACCGCGGACGGGUCCGGGGCUGAAGUGGCCGGCAGCACGGACGGGUCCGGGGCUGAAGUGGCCGGCAACACGGACGGGUCCGGGGCUGAAGUGGCCGGCACCGCGGACGGGUCCGGGGCUGAAGUGGCCGGCAGCACGGACGGGUCCGGGGCUGAAGUGGCCGGCAGCACGGACGGGUCCGGGGCUGAAGUGGCCGGCAGCACGGACGGGUCCGGGGCUGAAGUGGCCGGCAACACGGACGGGUCCGGGGCUGAAGUGGCCGGCAACACGGACGGGUCCAGGGCUGAAGUGCACGGACGGGUCAGGGCUGAAGUGGCCGGCAGCACGGACGGGUCCGGGGCUGAAGUGGCCGGCAGCACGGACGGGUCCGGGGCUGAAGUGGCCGGCAGCACGGACGGGUCCGGGGCUGAAGUGGCCGGCACCGCGGACGGGGCCGGGGCUGUCGUGGCCGGCAGCUCGGACGGGGCUGAAGUGGCCAGCAGCACGGACGGGUCCGGGGCUGAAGUGGCCGGCAGCACGGACGGGUCCGGGGCUGACGUGGCCGGCAACACGGACGGGUCCGGGGCUGAAGUGGCCGGCAACACGGACGGGUCCGGGGCUGAAGUGGCAGGCAAAACGGACGGGUCCGGGGCGGAAGUGGACGGAAACUCGGACGGGUCCGGGGCUGAAGUGGCCGGCAGCACGGACGGGUCCGGGGCUGAAGUGGCCGGCACCGCGGACGGGUCCGGGGCUGAAGUGGCCGGCAGCACGGACGGGUCCGGGGCUGAAGUGGCCGGCACCGCGGACGGGUCCGGGGCUGAAGUGGCCGGCAGCACGGACGGGUCCGGGGCUGAAGUAGCCGGCACCGCGGACGGGUCCGGGGCUGAAGUGGCCGGCAGCACAGACGGGUCCGGGGCUGAAGUGGCCGGCACCGCGGACGGGUCCGGGGCUGAAGUGGCCGGCAGCACGGACGGGUCCGGGGCUGAAGUGGCCGGCACCGCGGACGGGUCCGGGGCUGAAGUGGCCGGCACCGCGGACGGGUCCGGGGCUGAAGUGGCCGGCACCGCGCGGGUUAAAGAAGACUGGCAGUGUAUGAACCCCAGUGCCGUGUUUGCACGACUCCCUGUUUACACUGAGCCCUUGGACGGAGAUCAGGGACGCUUCCAGCCCUCACAUCAUCUGUUCCCAAAGGCCUAA